UCAGUUAGUUGCUGACUUUGCGCGGCAGCGAGCGGUUUGCAUUGCGAUUGCUGUGCCGGUUGUUAAAUACUCGAACGUACCACUCUUGUAUUGAAUCGCUUGUAUUGUAUUGCCACUGCGGUUGCGCAUGCGCCUCAUUCGAGUCGAAUCGAGCGUUGAAAAAUAAGCCUUUAUUUCGAUUUUGGCCAGCCAUUGGGUUUUUCUUUUUUUUCGCUUAGGUUGGACACGUUGCCGGUGCUUUUAGGAAGCGGCUCAGUCCAGUCGGCGAUGCCUUAGUGGCAGCUCCUCCAGAUCGAAGUAACCACUACGCCAAGAUGCCCUACAACCUCGGGCUGCGACGGCGCCUCCAGCUGCUGGCCUCGCUGCUCUUCUGCGUCCUUCUGGGCUACUUGACCUCGGAGGCGGUGGCCAAGCCCACGUUAUCCUUCAGCCUGCCCCAAGGACUGCAGGGAUUCCCCUCGUUUCAGUCCUUCACCCAGCAAAUCAUCGAGCAGCGCAGUGUGCGCCAGAUGAAGACCUACAGCGGAAAGCGGGUGAGCAACGACUCGCUUAUUAUGAUAUACUAUCACGAUCUGACUAUAGCCGUAACGGAGUUGGGGCCUCAGAAGCUACUGCUCGGCUGCGAGCUGAUCGAAAUAUACAACGAUAAGGAGGGCAAAAUGCUGCUGGAGGGCCUAUCACACUACAAUCGCCCCCUGGAAAUCAAGUUCGAUGAGAUGCUUAAGCUGAUGGAUCAGUGUGAGCAUGUGGAUAAGCUGAGCUACGCCUCCCGCUUCAAGUCCAAACUGGAAAGCGGUGAACGGAGCAGUGGCGGCGGAUCAGGCGAUUCAUCCUCGACGGGGGGACCCAAUGAUGGAGUGGCCCUCAAGCUGGCCACCAAUAUCUUUCCGCGAAGUCCCUUCUCCCUUCUCAGUGGCAUUAUUCCAGGAACAAAGUGGUGUGGCACUGGCGAUAUUGCAGAGACAUACAGCGAUCUUGGCAGCGAGAUGGCCAUGGAUCGAUGCUGUCGCCAACAUGAUCUCUGUCCUAUCAAGAUCCGGGCCUAUCAGCACAAAUACGACCUGAUGAACGAUUCACUGUACACAAAAUCCCACUGCAUCUGCGACGACAUGCUAUUCUCCUGCCUGAAGAUGACCAACACCUCGGCCUCGCAGCUGAUGGGCUCCAUCUACUUCAAUCUGGUGCAGGUGCCCUGUUUGGAUGGACGCAAGAACCAGUACAAGUUCCGGGCGGCCAAGGAGGGAUUCUAGGCG